GAGGCGGGAUAUCGAUUCUUGCCGAAGACUUCCGAAAGCAGCCGAACUCACAAAAGUGACGUUCAGUGAACGCGAGCGGUGCACGAGCGGUUAGGAGUGGUGCGAGCUGAUGGAUGGUGAGUCGAUGAGCUUGGUAAGGUGUUAACCGUCAAUGGUGUUCACCGUGGACCAACUCGGGCUUAUUUGCCGCGUUUUAACAUCGCGACGUCGCGCCGUACAAAUGUUCGCAAGUUUCUCCCCGUUUGUCGUGAAAGGGAAGAUCGUUGCUAUCGUUUCGAUACGUAUGUAUUAGACGAUAGGUGAUGACAGGUGAUGCCAGACGAUAUAUGAAGUCAGUUAGAUGGUAGAUGAUAAACGAUAGACGAUAGAUGGAUGAUAGACGAUAGACAGCGAGUUUUAGGAGAUGAUAGUCGUUGCACGAUACGUGCUUCACGGUACACAAUAAGCGAUAGACGAUAGACGGUGGGCGGAACGAUUAGUGAUUUGCAAUAAAUCCCAUCGUAUGCAAAGUUGUAACAAAGAUCGAUCAUCGUGGCCUAACCUUGAAGGCGUAAACUCGCCACGAUUUGACCGUUUGACACGAGAACGUAUCUAAAGCUAAAAACCAUUUAGCCAACGUCGUAUACGACUUUUUCAACAUGGUCACUCCUCAAACUCCAGGCAUAGACCCCUGGGCGAUACAGCCUAGAGAAAGAAUGAGAUAUCAAGAACAGUUUGAUUCUUUAAAACCAAUCAAUGGGAUUGUUACUGGAGAACAAGCUAAAGGAUUUCUUCUUCGAUCCCAACUUCAACCUACUAUUCUUGGACAGAUAUGGGCAUUAUCAGAUACAGAUGCCGAUGGAAAAAUGGAUAUAAAUGAGUUCAGUAUUGCAUGCAAGUUGAUCAAUUUGAAAUUGCGCGGGUUUGAAAUUCCCAAAACAUUACCACCUGUUCUCAUACAAAGUUUGAAAUCUUUCUCAACUGGUGAUAAUCUAACUGGAAUGACAAAUGGGUCUGCUCCCUCUCCGAAUAAUUUUGGAUCUCUAGUGAAUUUGAGUGGACAUCAAGCAAUGGUAUCUCAAACUGCAACAAACGUAGUAUCUGCAUCUGGAAGUAUAUCUCAUCCUCUUAUAGCAUUACAACAAAGUAGACAGAAUGUGGCUGCCAGUACGCAUGCCACAACUCAUACACCGUCGAAGCCACCUGCUCGACCUGUGCCACCUUCUGUGGGAAUUGCGCCUCCUCUGAAUACUGGUGGUCCCCCACAAAGACCCGCACCACCUGCAAAUAUCGGAAGUAAUUUUACACCCGCGACGGGUGGCCCGCCACCAAAACCAGCACCACCUUCGUUUCCAAACAGUCCUGUAACAGCGGGGAUUUCACCAAUGAAGAUCCCAUCCUCCGUUGUUGGUGCAUCAGUAGCUUCUUCAGUUUCACCUAUACCUGCUUCUGCUGUGGGUAUUCCAACGGUAGCACCAAUUGCUCCUUUAAACACAAAUCCCAUGCCUAUGACUGCCUUCAAUAUGACACAAGCAUUGCCAUCACAACCAUUACCUACAGGCAUGGUUGCUCCUAUGACUGGAAUUCAUACCGUUGUACCACCCAUUGGAUCAAUAAAUACCGGUACUGGAGUUGCUACAUCAGUAGCGUUAUCAUUAGCAUCCUCGACAACUACAAAUGGUACACUAGUUAAUGGCGCUAUUACACAAACACCGGUAUCGACAAAUACUCCUUUAAGUACAACAGCACGUCCACCGAGUAUAGAUAGAGUAGGCUCAAUGGAUUCACAGCAUAGCCAACAUAGUCAACACUCUAUCGGUUCUCCACAAUCCAUAGAAUGGGCGGUACCACAUCAGACCAAACUCAAAUAUACUCAGUUAUUUAAUACUUGGGACAGAACUAGAUCUGGCUUUCUAUCUGGACCUCAAGCAAGAAACAUCAUGGUGCAGUCGCAAUUACCACAGCCUAUACUCGCUCAAAUAUGGGCUCUAGCUGAUAUGGAUUCGGAUGGACGUUUAGGUUCCGAGGAAUUUGUACUUGCGAUGCAUCUUUGUGAUAUCGCUAAAGCUGGCGAAAAAAUACCUACGGUACUUCCGCCAGAACUAAUUCCAUUUACAUUUAGACGGCAGCGUCAAAAUAGCUUAACUCUGUCCCAAAACGCGACAGAAAACAUUGACCCUUUAGCAGGCAUGCCACAGACUUCAUUUGAGGAUAAACGUAAGGAGAACUUUGAGAAAGGUCAAGCAGAAUUGGAACGCAGACGUAAAGCGUUGCUAGAGAUUCAGCGGAAAGAACAGGAAGAGCGGGAACGGAAAGAGAGGGAAGAAGCCGAGAAACAAGAGAAAAUAAGACUGGAACAGGAAAGACGAAGACAAGCGGAAAUCGAGAAACAAAUGUUAAGGCAAAAAGAAAUUGAACAGGAGAAGGAAGAACAACGAAAACGCGCGCAAGAACAAAGAGAAGCUGCGCGCAAAGAAAUGGAGAGACAACGACAAUUAGAAUGGGAACGACAAAAAUCACAAGAAUUACAAGCGCAAAGACAAAAAGAACAAGAUAUUCUCCUAAAGUUAAAAGCAAAGAAUCAGACGUUGACCAUUGAACUUGGAACACUUAAUGAUAAGGUGAAAGAAUUGUCACAGAAGAUUUGUGAUACCCGGGUAGGAGUCUCAGGUGUAAAGACAACUAUCGACGGCAUGAGGUCAACGAGGGAUACACAAUUGCAAGAAAUGGCUGCUUUAAAAAAUAAACUUCGGGAACAAAAUCAGAGAUUAUUAGCAUUGAGUCAAGAGAAAGCACGUAUUGAAGCGAAAAAUAAGAUUAAUUCGGCUCAAGAUGCUGCUGGGCAAGAAGCAAUUAAAAUGGCGUUCGACAAUAAGCAAAUUACUCUUAAGCAAAUGAAAGAUAAAAUUGCUGAUUUGCAGCAACAGAUUGACUCAAAGAUGUCCGAUAUUGAAAAUAAUAAUGCUCAACUUGAAGACAUUAAGACACAAAUGAAGAAUCUAGUAACAGAUUGUAAGCAGCUUUAUGUUACUUUCGAUGAAAAGAAGAAGAAGGUACUUGAACUCAGGGCAAGCAGCGGCAAUGUUUCGUCUGCCGAUUUUGCUACAGCCACGUGGGGUGAUAGUGGUUGGGACGAUGCGCCCACUGUAGCCGGCGGCGACACACCGUGGCUUGUCAGUGACAGUACGACAAAUUCCGUAGAUGAAACUGCUGUCACUGGUGUCACCAAAUAUAGAGCUCUUUACGAAUUCGUGGCUCGAAACCAAGACGAAAUUUCGUUUCAACCUGGUGACAUUAUACUGGUACCACCUGUGCAAAAUGCAGAACCCGGAUGGAUGGCGGGAGAAAUACGUGGCCACACUGGUUGGUUUCCCGAAUCUUAUGUGGAGCCAGUGGAUACUGGUACAGUUGUCUCCGACAAUGAACGCGCUUUCAUACAGCAAGACAGUGUAGAGAAGAGGACAUUAGAGGGUAUAGCGGAAGUUCCAGAGAAUGUAUCCGAUGCAGGAUCAUUAGCGGGCGAAGCUCCAAUAGUGGAAGCUAUUAUACCUACUUUAGGAUUAGGUACAUCUUGUGACAUACGAGCCGUUGCAUUAUUUCAAUAUCGACCUAUCAUGGAACAACAUCUUUGUUUUGAAAAAGGAGAGACCAUUUACGUUUCUGAGCAGCAGAAUGAGUGGUGGUACGGUUCAACUAGUACUGAGAACAAGGGCUGGUUUCCUAAAUCGUAUGUCAAAGAGACAAGUACGAACAACAAAGAUACCGUCUCAGACGCAUCAACUGAUGGCCUUAAUGAAUAUUACGUUGCACUUUAUCGAUACGCAUCGGCGGAAACCGGUGACCUUAGUUUUAAUCAGGGAGAAGUUAUAUUGGUUACGAAAAAGGAAGGAGAUUGGUGGACUGGUUGUAUAGGGGAUAAAACUGGAAUUUUUCCAUCUAAUUAUGUAGAAAAAUGUGACGCUCCUCAUCAGGGUACGUCCUUGUCUACUAAUAUUUCUGAGUCCGAUGCUGUUGCUGCUGCACCUACGGAAGCAAAGAGCACAGAUCAUGAAGCUGUUACUUCAGCAACUGCAAAAUCUAUAGUAGAGAAAACAGAAGAACAACUGGAAGAUGAGAGAGCAGCAGCUGAAGAUAGAGAAGAAUUACCCGACUUUGCUGCUAUGGCUGCUCAACAGUAUCACAAGAGAGGAAGAAAACCAGAGAUUGUUCAAGUUAUCGCACCUUAUCAAGCAACUAGCGCGGAACAAUUGGAUUUGCAAAGAGGACAAUUAAUAAUGAUUCGUAAGAAAACUGACAGUGGUUGGUGGGAAGGAGAACUUCAGGCACGUGGUAAAAAGAGACAGAUUGGUUGGUUCCCAGCAACUUAUGUAAAACCUUUAACCAGUAGUAGUAAUAGAAGUACACCUGUCUCUCAUGGAUAUCAAGAUUCACCAACGGAUCCAAAUAUUGAACGCGUUAUGGCCCUGUAUCCUUAUCAGGCACAAAAUGAGGACGAAUUAAGCUUCGAAAAGGGUGAUGUUAUAUCAGUACUUGGUAAGGAAGAGACUGCAUGGUGGAGAGGCGAGCUGAAUGGUGUAUCUGGUGUCUUCCCGAGCAACUACGUAUCACCUAUGUUGAAUGAUUCGGUGAUAUGUCACGAUCCUAUGGAAAAAAAACGCCAGGAACAUAUUAAAGAGCUAAUUGCAACUGAACAAGCCUACAUAGAAGAUAUGAGGCUAGUACAUGAGGUUUUCGAGAAACCAUUAAUCGAAAGUCUUGUCUUGAGCAUCGAUGAAAUAGAAAAAAUAUUUAUUAAUUGGAGAGAUAUUAUUGCGUGUAACGACAAUUUUUUAAGGACUUUACGAAUAAGAAGAGAUAACAGCUAUGGUGGAAUAGUUAGAAUGAUUGGAGAUAUCCUAUGUGAAAAUAUACCUAGGAUGUCAGCUUAUAUAAGAUUUUGUAGUUGUCAAAUAUCUGCUGCAAUGUAUCUGCAGCGCUUAACAGAAACUUCAUCAGAAUUUGUUCAAGUUGCACAGGCGUGUCAACAAGAUCCACGAACAAAAGGAAUGCCAUUGAGUUCAUUUCUAAUUAAACCGAUGCAAAGAAUAACGAAAUAUCCGCUUAUUAUUGGCAAGAUCUUGGAGCAUACACCGGUCGAUCACCCUGACAGGCAAUAUCUUCAGGAAGCACUGGCAAAGUCUGAGGAAUUUUGUACUCAGGUAAAUGAAGGAGUGAGAGAGAAAGAAAAUAGUGACAGGUUGGAAUGGUUGCAAACUCAUGUGGUAUGUGAUGGUCUCGAGGAGCAACUUGUCUUCAAUUCUUUAACUAAUUCAUUAGGUCCACGAAAACUCAUACAUUAUGGUAUACUUCAUAAGUCAAAAAGUGGUAAAGAACUCGUUGGUUUUCUUACAAAUGAUUUCCUGCUAUUCGUUCAACCGGUGAAAUUCUCCUUGUCCACCUGCCAACAAUUUUCAUUUGAACGUAACAAACAUCAAAAGUUUAAAAUGUAUAGAAAGCCAAUAUUUCUCAACGAACUAUCUUUGCUCGGAGAAAGCGAUGGAAAUGGAAGCAAUAAUUUGAGCGGAAAUGACGUAGCCGACAAUUCAUCGAAAACUUUAAGACUGAAAGACCUAAAAAAGCCAAUUAUAUUAUUAGCACCGUCUCCGAAUGAGUGUUCAUUGUGGAUGAAACGAAUCGUAGAAGCGCGUAGAAAAUUUUUAGAAAACGAAAAGAAUUGCCUGCAAAGACAACGAUCGAAACAGGCACAAUUUGGGGCGUGCGGCAGAAUCCUUGUUACUGUGCUCGAAGGAUUCAACUUGAAAGCUCCAUCCGUUCGCAGGAGAAUGCCCGAAGGUAGGCUGCGAUUAGUAGUUGUGGAAGCUGAAGAUCUUGUCUAUGGCAAAAGAGGAAAAUGUAAUACAUUUUGCAAAGUAUCUAUGGGUUCUCAAGAGGAAAGAACUGGUGUCGUAUCCGGAACUGAUUGUCCUUUGUGGGAUGCUUCGAUGCAGUUCCAAGUAAAAGACUUACUCGAGGAUACUCUUUGCAUCACAGUGUUCGAUAAAGGAUACUAUAGUCCUGACGAGUUUCUUGGUCGCGCUGAAAUCAGAGUGGCUGACAUAAUGAGAGAUAGCAAGGAUUCCUGUGGGCCGAUCCAAAAAAGAAUAAAAUUGCGUGAGGUCGAAAGUGGCGAUGUCGUUCUGAAGCUCGAUCUUCGACUAUUUGGAGAGAUAACGGAAGGUGCUAAAGCUAAUUCAUAUUCUUUUUAUUCUCUUCGGAAGAGAAAUUUAAACGAAUGACAAAUAAUCGUAUAAUUCUCACACGCAUAUACGAUAUAUGAGAAUUUACAAGAAACGCAUUUGUGAUAUAACAAGGACGAUAGUUCUCAACGUAAUACGCGAUUGUUGUCACCAACAAUAUUGCAAUUACUUUUUGCGAACUUUUCCUACAAUCUAUCUCGACAUGAGUAAGAGACUAUAUUUACUUACGAGGAUAAUUUUAUUUCAAUUUGUGUUCUAAUUUUUACAUUUUUUUUAAUAAGAAGAGAAGACACCGAG